AGAGAGAGAGAGAGUAAGUUUUCCCGCCCGCCUGUCAUUCAAUUGAUUUUGUAGCGAGGCGCUGCCAUUGAAAAAUCUGGAGUUGCUGUGAUUGUGUUCAAGAACAAAUGAAGAAAAUAUGGAUUCUGGCCUUGGCCAUUCUAGCACGAGUGUGCCUAGGCCUUGGCCUUGGUAUGGGACCCGAGCUGGCCACGCACUUGGCCCCCGAUACGCUGCCGGACGUGCAGGAGGAGGCGGCGCGUGCCUUGAUCCAGAGAGUGAUCGGUCCGCGCUCCUCACAGCUCUUUAUAGUGGAAGUCAGCAGACUCUUGGAACUGCGCAGCUUUCAGAUUAGCAUGCUGGACAGCGGGCAGAUUCUGAUAGCUGGCUGGGAUGGCGUGUCCGUGUGCAAGGGCUUCCAUCAUUAUCUAAAGUACGUGCUGGAUCGGGACGUGGACUGGUUCAAGAUGCGCAUUGAGCUGCCGACCAACCUGCAACUGCCCAAUGUGACCAUUCGCUCCACCUCGGCCAGUCCCAUACUGUACCAUCAGAAUGUGUGCACGUGGAGCUACAGUUUCGCGUGGUGGGGAUUCGAGCAAUGGCGACGGCACAUCGACUGGAUGGCACUGAUGGGCAUCAGUCUGAGCAUAGCCCCCGUCCAGGAGGCCAUCUGGCAGGAGGUGUACAGCCAGCUGGGUCUCAGCGACGCGGAGAUCGCGGCCCAUCUGGCCGGACCAGCUUUUCAGGCGUGGCAGCGCAUGGGCAACAUUCGCGGCUGGGGCGGACCCCUUCAACCGGAGUAUCAACGCCUCCAGGAACUGUUGCAGCAGCAGAUACUGCGCGCCCAGCGCGACCUGGGAAUGAGCGUGGCCCUGCCGGCUUUUGCCGGUCACGUGCCCACGGCUAUGCGUCGCCUCUAUCCGACUGUCAACUACACAGAGGUGGAGCGAUGGAACAGCUUUCCUGAUCCCUACUGCUGCGGUUUGUUCGUCGAUCCGCGGGAUCCUCUCUUUGAUCUGGUGGCCACACUCUUCCUGCGGCGCGUGGUUCAGCGCUACGGCUCCAAUCACAUCUUCUUCUGCGAUCCCUUUAACGAGCUGCAACCAGCGGUGGCGCAACCCGAGUACCUGCGAUCUACGGCCGCGGCGAUACACAACUCCAUGAGGCGUGUGGAUCCGGAGGCUGUGUGGCUGUUGCAGGGCUGGAUGUUUGUGAAGAACAUCUUCUGGACGGACGCCAUGAUGGAGGCCUUCCUCACGGCGGUGCCCAUCGGCCGCCUGCUUGUCCUCGAUCUGCAGAGCGAGCAAUUCCCGCAGUACCAGCGCACCGACUCCUACUACGGCCAGCCGUUCGUUUGGUGCAUGCUGCACAACUUUGGCGGCACGCUGGGCAUGUUCGGAUCGGCCGAUCUGGUCAACAGCGGCAUUGAGGCGGCACGGCGCAUGCCCAACAGCAGCAUCGUGGGCGUUGGCAUCACACCGGAGGGCAUUGGCCAGAACUAUGUGAUGUAUUCGCUUGCCCUGGAGCGGGGCUGGAGUGAGCCCAACUUGGAUUUGGACAGCUGGUUCCGACACUUUGCCCGGACACGCUAUGGCGUGGAUGAUGCAGGUCUGCAGCAGGCGUGGCAGCUGCUGAGGCACAGCGUUUACUCCUUCCGCGGCCUACAGAAAAUGCGCGGAGGAUACACGGUGACACGUCGGCCGGCCCUCAAUCAGGAUCCCUUCACCUGGUACAACGCCACGGAUGUGCUGGAAGCCUGGGAGCUGCUGCUGUCGGCACGGGCCAUCAUACCGCUGGAGGAUGACAAGUUUGCGAUCUAUGAGCACGAUCUGGUGGACAUAACGCGGCAGUAUCUGCAGAUCAGCGCCGAUCAGCUGUACGUCAAUCUGAAGUCGGCCUACCGGAAGCGGCAGGUGACACGCUUCGAGUACCUUGGCUCCAAGUUGCUGCAACUGUUUGACGAUCUGGAGCGCAUCCUCGCCAGCGGCUCGAACUUCCUGCUGGGCACCUGGCUGGCAGAUGCCAAGCGAGCAGCCUCCAGCGCAAUGGACAAGCCCAAUUUCGAGUUUAAUGCCCGCAACCAGAUCACCGCCUGGGGUCCAGAUGCCCAGAUCUUGGAUUACGCCUGCAAGCAAUGGUCGGGACUGGUGUGGGAUUAUUAUAGGCCUCGCUGGGCCCUCUUUCUGGACGAUGUUACCCUGGCUCUGCACUCGAAUCGCAGCUUUAAUAGCACUGCCUUCAAGCAGCGCGUGCUGCUGCAGGUGGAGCUGCCGUUCAGCAACAAGUCCGAUGUGUAUCCGGUGGAGCCCAUGGGCAAUACUUGGUUUAUCUCCCAAAAUAUAUACGAGCGCUGGAAGGGUUACCUAAGGGACACGCACUUUCUGCACAAUAAUCGGAUAUCCGUAAACCUCAAAUUGGGUGCCCAUUGAUCACUGGCAAUAAUUAAAUAAUUCAUUUUAUACAUGAAAUUGGAUGCAUUAAAUAUUUUUACACGAUUCAAGUAAAUGGAGAGAGACUCAAAUGCAGUUUCGAAACCCUCUCGAGCCCGGGCGAAUAAUAAUUCCUAAAUGUGCUGCUCCAAAGAAAUCCUAACACAUGGUACAUAUACAUAUAUGAUAAUAAAAAAAAAAAAACAUACUGCACAUCCUGGAUUUUGCAUCAUACAUAAAUGUAGUUUUAAUUGAUUUUUAUUUAAAUUAAUGUACAAACUAAUUAUGUAAAAAUUUAAACAUGAUCAUUAAUACGCAUUUCUAUGUUUACU